AAUGGCGAGAAUGUUUGUAAUGUCUGUAAUUGUAUUGAUAGUGAUAAAUUUAUCACUAAUGACUUGUAUAAACAAUAAGACUUGUCCACUACAGAAUAUCAACAGCAAGAGAUCCAAGAGAAUAACAGUUUUAGUCUCACCCAUUUCAUACAGAUACCGAAUAGACCGCAAUGUCCGGAAAAUCAACGAUUGGAUAAACAUGGAAUAUGUCGAUCAGUGGUUGGAUGAUACAUACGCAAAAAUGUUCUUGAUUUAUCUAUUGGCAAUCGAAAAUCAAUGCUUCAAUUGCAUUGGCACAACUACGAUUAUUUCUAAUAAAACUGCAAUAUAUAUAAGUAAUCAUUGGAUAUUUUAGGUGCUAUAUAUAAUCAUGGGUCAAGAAUUUAUAUUUAUCUAAUCUUUAUAAGUG